AUGCACUGCCACGCGGAGCUGCGGCUGAGCUCGCCCGGCCAACUCAAAGCAGCCAGGCGGCGCUACAAGACUUUCAUGAUCGACGAGAUCCUUUCCAAGGAGACCUGCGACUACUUUGAGAAACUUUCCCUCUACUCCGUGUGCCCGUCGCUGGUCGUGCGACCCAAGCCCCUGCAUUCCUGUACCGGCCCCGCUUCCCUUCGGGCUUACCCUCUCCUCUCAGUGAUCACCCGACAGCCCGCGGUCAUCUCUCACCUGGUCCCCGCCCCCCCAGGAGCUGCCCAGGCCUUGUCCUGCCACCCGGCCUCCGAGGCCGCCUCUGCCGAGGCCCCAGGGGGCGAGGCUCUCGGCAGCAGCGAGUCGGAGCCGGAGCAGCCCACACCGCGGCAGAAGAAGCCCCGCCGGAGUCGUACCAUCUUCACCGAGCUACAGCUCAUGGGCCUGGAGAAGAAGUUCCAGAAGCAGAAGUACUUGUCCACCCCGGACAGGCUGGACUUGGCCCAGUCUCUGGGACUCACUCAACUGCAGGUGAAGACUUGGUAUCAGAACCGCAGGAUGAAGUGGAAGAAAAUGGUUCUUAAAGGUGGACAGGAAGCACCUACAAAACCCAAAGGUCGUCCCAAGAAGAACUCCAUCCCCACAUCAGAAGAGAUCGAAGCUGAAGAGAAGAUGAACAGCCAGGCCCGGAGCCAGGAGCGCUUUGCACCCUCCCAGAGACAGGAGGAGCUCUGUGACCCACAGGAACCAAAAGCAUGCGAUGUCCCCUUAGAGGUGGCAGAGCCCCCCGGCCAGCCCCAGGAGUUGCCAGUAGCCUCUUCGGAACCCCCACCAUCAAGCUAAAAUAAAAACUCUUUUGGGGGAAGGGGGA